ACCCUGCCAGGACAUCGACCGACAAAUGCGGCGCAGCCUUCAGUCUGCUCAGUCGUCCACAGCUCACAACCCGCGGAUUUACAAUCAACAAUUGACACAUAUUUCUGCCCAGGGAAACAUUUUUCUCCCAUAGGUUUAUUUUCUGAAUAUGAGGUGGUUUGUGUCUCCAAACAUGGUCUAGCUAAAAUCCCUGAAGCAACAGCAGCAGCAGCCCGCUAGCACUGAGUCAGGAUGUCCAGUAGCUCGGGCUACCCCCCCACCCAGGGGAGCUUCAGCAGCGAGCAGAACCGCUACCCACCACAUUCUGUCCAGUACACCUUCUCCGGCUCGCGCCACCAACAGGAUUUCACCGUCCCAGACUAUCGGGCUCACAUGCAAGAUCCACAGGGUCGGAGAAGACCGUCUCUGCUGUCCGAAUUUCACCCCGGAACCGAAAGGCCUCCAGAGAGGCGCCAUGGUUACGAACAGCAGUUCCACUCCCUCUCAGCCCUGUCGGAUCAUGAGGCCUUGGAGGCCAAACGCCCUCGCAUGGAGACUGUUGUCGAGGGCCACAUCAUCCGCACGCCUACCACUGCUGGGGGUAUUGUCUUGCCCUUAACCCACUCGGUACAGGACGGUCUAAGAGCCAGUGCGGAUGUCAAAAAGGACUCUCAGUACUCUGUCAAAGGGGACUCCAUGUCGUCAGGGGGACCUGCACUACACAUGGGCGACGAUCAGGACGCUUCUCCUUCCAAACUAUCCAAAGAGGAGCUGAUCCAGAGUAUGGACCGUGUGGACCGAGAGAUUGCGAAAGUGGAGCAGCAGAUUUUCAAGCUGAAGAAAAAGCAGCAACAACUGGAGGUGGAAGCAGCAAAGCCUGUGGAGCCAGAAAAGCCCGUGACCCCUCCCCCAGUGGAGCACAAGCAUCGCAGCAUCGUCCAGAUCAUCUACGAUGAGAACCGGAAAAAAGCGGAAGAGGCCCACAAAGUACUGGAAGGUUUUGGCCCUAAGGUCGAGCUGCCCCUCUACAAUCAGCCAUCCGACACAAAGGUGUACCAUGACAAUAUCAAGACCAACCAAGUCAUGCGGAAGAAGCUGAUUUUGUUUUUUAAGAGGAGGAACCACGCUCGUAAACAAAGGGAACAGAAGAUCUGCCAGCGCUACGACCAGCUGAUGGAAGCGUGGGAGAAGAAGGUGGAGCGAAUGGAGAACAACCCCAGACGCAAAGCCAAGGACGGCAGAACACGGGAGUACUACGAAAGGCAAUUCCCUGAGAUCCGCAAGCAGAGGGAGCAGCAGGAGCGCUUCCAAAGGGUUGGACAAAGAGGAACGGGCCUUUCUGCAACAAUUGCAAGAAGCGAGCACGAGAUCUCUGAAAUCAUAGAUGGCCUUUCUGAGCAGGAGAACAACGAGAAACAGAUGAGACAACUGUCAGUUAUUCCUCCCAUGAUGUACGACACGGAGCAGAGGCGAGUGAGGUUCAUCAACAUGAACGGCUUGAUGGACGACCCGAUGAAGGUUUACAAAGGCCGGCAGUUCAUGAAUGUUUGGAACGAACACGAAAAGGAGAUCUUUAAGGAGAAGUUCGUCCAACACCCCAAGAACUUUGGCCUGAUUGCGUCCUAUCUGGAGAGAAAGUGUGUGGCUGACUGUGUCCUUCACUACUACUUGACCAAGAAGAACCACAACUACAAGACGCUGGUGAGGCGAAACUAUGGAAGACGGAGAGGAAGGAACCAGCAAAUAACUCGUCCCUCACAAGAAGACAAGUCAGACGAAAAAAUCGAAGAGGAAAAAACUGAGAAAUCCGAGAAAAAAGAGGACGAGGAAAAGAAGGACGAGGAAGAGAAAGAUGAUAAGGAGGAUUCUAGGGACAUUGGCAAGGACAAAGACAAGUGUGACGGUGGGGAGGACGAGGACGGAAAGGAGCAAAACACGCCGCGUGGCAGGAAGACUGCCAACAGCCAGGGCCGACGUAAGGGAAGGAUCACCACACGCUCCAUGGCCAAUGAGGCUGCAUCUGUGGCUGCUGAGGAGGCUCCUCCCACUGCCCCUGAGCCUACCUUGCCAGAUCCUCCGCAGCUCCCUAAAUCUGAUCCAAUGCUAAAGUCCAUGAAGGAGCCUGCAAAGCCCCAGACUCCAGUAGCUUCCAUGGACGCUAAUAAAGCUGGUGCUGGUGAAACUGGAGAAACUUCUCGCUGGACCGAGGAGGAGAUGGAGGUCGCCAAAAAAGGGCUAGUUGAGCACGGGCGAAACUGGACAGCCAUUGCCAAAAUGGUGGGAACCAAAAGCGAGGCACAGUGCAAGAAUUUCUAUUUCAACUACAAGAGACGUCACAACCUGGACAACCUGCUCCAGCAGCAUAAGCAGGACACACGGCGGGCUCGUGCUGAUAGGUCUCAAGGUGAAGGUCUAGCCGUGGCGUCACCUGAUGAUGACGAUGAUGACGACAACGCAGAUGACAGUGAAGGUGCUGACAACAGCUCUGAUACAGAGAGUGCUCCCUCCCCUUCGCAGUCUGGCGACUCCAAGAGGGCAGACAGCGCUGCAGGAGAUGCUCAAUGCUCGGACCAGGACAAAGGUCAGGCCAGUAAUGGAAAGGCCCUGGAGCCCUUAUACAGAGGACUCUGUGUCAAGGAAGAGAAAAGCCCAGAAAGUGAGACUGGAUCUCAGGAGGAAAAGGCCAAGAUGGCUUCCUAUGCCGGCUCGGUGCAUCCCAAAACGGAACCUCAGGACGUGGACAUGAAGACCGGAGAGGUUCAGAUCAAGAUGGAGCCUGACAUCAGGGAGAGAGGAGAAAAGGGAGAUCAUAGCGAGAGGCACAGGGAACUCCACUCAGAUAAUGACUCCAGCGCCACCUGCAGUGCUGACGAGGAUGUGGAAGCAGAGCCUGAAAGACCGAGAAUGUUCUCCAUGGACAAGCCAACAUUGCUCAACCCUCCGGGCUCUGUGCUGGUGUCCUCGCCCAAGCAAACUCAACUCAACAUCCAGCAGAUGCAACAGCGGGCUGCUAGCAUCCCACCUAUGGUGCCCGGUCCGUUUGGCCCCAGCGGUGUGCCCAUCAGUGGCUUUGCCAUGUUGCAACACCAGAUCAAAGCGGUGCACGACUCUGCGCACCAGGAGGAGAAGCAGAGGCAGGAUCAGGGAGACCUGGAGCGCAGACAGCCCUUCAACACCCGCAGCCCCACCGUAAUAGACAGAGAUGGUAAGCCCUUACCCUACAUGCCUUAUGACAUGAAGCUGGCUCUGGACCAGGAGGUCCACUCUGGUCGGCCAGGCUCUCCCUACAGACUCUCCCCCAGGGAGCUGAGCAAGGCCUUACCCCAGCCUGACCCCAACGCCCCCAAUGCCUCCCGCUACAGUGUGCCACCAGUCCUCCACCCUGCCGCCAACCAGCUGGUCCAGAGUAUGCCAGAUGGAGUCCGCGUGACGUUCAGCAGACCCAGUCGACCUCCCAACAUUCCUUCUCCUCCGCCACUCAUUCCAACCACCAAGCCCACGGACAAGCCCUCCUUCAUCCAGGGGGGCUCCAUCUCUCAGGGAACUCCUGGCACAUACCUGCCGUCCCACGCGGUCUAUGGGCCAGAGGGCAGUAAGAGCACAGUGGGCUCAAUCUCUCUGGGUCUUCCUCGGCAGCAGGAUCCUAACAACAAGCCUGGAGGCGCAGUUUCAUCCAUACAGGACGGCAGAAGCAACCAAGCAAAGGUGGGCGAGGGGCUGACAAUGAGAGGAUCUAUCACUCAGGGCACACCGGCCCUGCCCCAGUCCAGCAUCGCUGCGGACCUCCUGAAGGGCACCAUCACAAAGUUGGCCACAGAGGACCUGAGCAACCCAGACAAGUCGAGGGGAGAGCAGCUAUCUAAAGGUCAUGUCAUCUAUGAAGGCAAGAGUGGUCACAUACUCUCGUAUGAUGCUAUCAAGAACCCCAGGGAAAACACCCGUAGCCCCAGAACCGCCCACGAGCUGAAGCGCACUUACGACAUGAUAGAGGGACCCAUGGGCAGGGGACACCCUGGCAGGGAAGGAGCUCCAUUUGAGGGGUUGAUCAGCAGAGCCUUGCCCAGAGAAGGUCUACAUGGAGAUCCAAAGGAAAGACAAUUGAUCACAGGAUCUAUCAUGCAAGGAACACCGAGGACCGCCGCGGAGACCUAUGAAGAUGCCAUGAAAUAUGGAAAACAGAUAAAGCGAGAGAGCCCACCGAUCCGCUCCUUCGAAGGGGGCAUUGGCAAGGGAAAGCCCUAUGAGGGAGUCAAUACUAUCAAAGAGAUGGGACGCUCCAUUCACGAAAUCCCCAGACAAGAUCAGCCUGGCCAGGACCUCUGCAAGACCCCUGACCUGUCAGAUAGGAGGGCUAUGGAGGGCUCCAUGUCUCAGAUUCACCCUCUCAACCAGUCUACUAUCAAGCACAACGUCAAGUCCCUAAUCACCAGUCCCUCAAAGCUUCCCCACAGCAUGCCCCAGCUCGAGGCCAUGGAACGUGCCAAAUACGAGGAAAGCAAGGCGGUGCGCCACACUGUGGUCAACUCCACCGGCUCUGUCCUGCGCUCCACACACCAGGAGGCUAGCAAAUCCCAACUUAGCCCAAGCAUGUAUGAGGACCCCAACGCUCGCAGGACCCCCGUCAACUACAGCACCAAUCCCGGGUCCAGGGGAUCACCCAUGUUGGGACGUGGACCAGAAGGUGUUAUGAGUUCUGUGAAAUCUGCCGGUCAUGAAAGAAAGAGCGCCAUUACCCCGACACAGAGGGACAAUGUCCCAGCCAAGUCCCCAGUGUUGGGUGGUGACCCUCACCCUGUAGCCUCUCACAGCCCCUUUGACCCCCACCACCGGCCCGUCGGUCCUGGGGAAGUGUACAGACCCCACCUGCCUCCACACCUCGAUCCUGCCAUGGCCAUGACCCUCCACAGAGGGCUGGAUCCUGCGUUCAUGUUCCCCAGGCAGCCGUCUCCAACAGGCUACCACAACACCUACCAGCUGUACACCAUGGAGAACACGCGGCAGACGAUCCUCAAUGAUUAUAUCACUUCCCAGCAGAUGCAAGUCAUCCGACCUGACAUGGCUCGAGGGUUGUCACCACGGGAACAGCCCGUUGCUCUCCCUUACGCAGCCGGUGCUCGAGGGAUUAUUGAUCUAGCCCAGAUGCCUCCAACUAUCCUGUUGCCUCACCCUGGGGGAACAGGUACUCCCACUUUGGAACGCAUGGCCUACCUCCCUGGAGCUCAGCCCCCUUUCCCUUCUAGGGCUUUCAACCCAACCUCCAUAUCGCCAGGCCACCAAGCCCACCUUGCUGCUGCAGCUGCUGCCAGUGCAGAGAGGGAGCGGGAGCAGCGUGACCGCGAGCAGCAGGAGAAGGAGAGAGAAAAGGAAAGGGAAAGGGAGCACCGGGAGAGGGAGAGGGAUCGGGAACGGGAGCGGGAAAUGCGAGAGCGAGAGCGAGAGCGAGAGCGAGAGCGGGAGAGAGCCAAUGAAUACAUCCGCGGAGGUGGACCAGAGCAGCCUGGAAGUCGAGGUUAUCUGCACUCCGCUUCUCCCUCGCUGAGGACGCAGGAUGUAGUGGUUCAGCAGCGGCCGAGCAUCUUCCAGGGCAAGAGUGUCAUCACCGCUCUAAUGCCCCAUUCAGCAGCAGUGUCGGCAGCAGCACAGAGUAGCUCACGCUACAGUACUGCAGCUGAUGCUCUGGCCGCUCUGGUGGAUGCCGCUGCCUCUGCCCCGCAGAUGGAUGUGGCCAAGGUGAAGGAGAGCAAACACGAACGGGAUGACGAAAUGUCUUCAUCGGCUGUCGUCCGGCGAGCAGCCAGCCUCUCCGAACAGCAGCAGCAGCAACUGCAGCAGCAACAACAGCAACUGCAGCAGCAGCAGCAACAGCAACAACAACAACAACUGCAGCAACAACAACAACUACUACUACAGCAGCAGCAACUACAGCAGCAGCAACUACAGCAGCAGCAGCUACAGCAGCAGCAACAACAACAACAACAACAACAGCAGCAGCAGGAGGCAGAGAGGCGGUCCAUGCAGUCCCCAUAUGGCGCUAUGUCUCUGCCAGGGGGAAAACCCCAUCCAGCUUACUCUGAGGGCCCUGGCGUUAAGGACAAGGGUCCUCAAACCUCUAAGUCCCGUAUUGAGGAGGAGCUUCGGACUCGUGGAAAGACAACUAUCACAGCCGCUAACUUCAUCGAUGUCAUCAUCACACGGCAGAUAGCCUCGGACAAAGACUCACGAGAGCGAGGCUCUCAGAGCUCUGACUCCUCUAGCAGCUUGUCAUCCAGUCGCUACGACAACACCGCUGGAGGAACCAUUGAGGUGAUAAGCCCUGCUAGUUCCCCAGUCCAGCCACAACAAGACAAACCAGAGGAAGGGCAACAACAGGCAGCAAGUAUGAACACACCAACUCCGUUUGAGCAUAUGAUAUUUUCGACUGGCAUGCGGGGCUACGACAUGAGUCGUUACCGGCCAUCAGGGGAGCCACCACAGCCCAGUUCCCAGCAGCCCCCAUCCUCCCAGGCUGAGAGCUACUCCCAGGUUACCAAGACUCACCGAGUCAUGACCUUGGCAGACCACAUUUCGCAUAUUAUAACCCAGGACUUCGCCCGGAAUCAGGACCCUCCUCCAGUCUCCUCUUCAUCUUCGGCCACAUUCCAGAGCACGGGGCCACCCGUUUCCUCUUCAGGGCGAGCCAAGAUGGCCAGUCGCUACAGUCCUGAGAAUCAGGUCCAGGCCUCACACCACCAGAGACCCUCCAGCAGAGUUUCCCCAGAGAAUGCCCCUGACAAGUCUAGAUCCAGGCCGGGUAAAUCUCCAGAGCGAGGCGGUAGGCAGAUGGAGAACUAUGAACCCAUCUCACCUCCACAGAGCUACCAAGGCAUGGACAAACAGGAGGCGAUCGGGCCUCCACCCCAGAGGCGAGAGGCUGACAACUCUGAGAUCAGGAAUGACUCGCGGUCCCCAGGGAGUGUCAGCUAUCUGCCUGCCUUCUUCACCAAGCUGGAGAACACCUCGGCUAUGGUGCAAUCAAAGAAGCAGGAGAUCUUUCGUAAGUUGAACUCCAACUCUGGUGUCGGUGAUUCUGAUCUUGGAAACGCACAACCAGGCACAGAGAUUUUCAAUUUGCCUGCUGUUACCAGCUCAAGCAGCAUCAACCCCAGGAAUCACUCAUUUAGUGACCCGGCCAAUAACUUAGGCCUGGAGGACAUCAUCCGCAAAGCCUUGAUGGGCAACUUGGAGGAGAGACCGGAGGAGCACCAGGGAGGGCUCGGUGCCAUGAACAACACACCCGGCCAAGGCAGUGACGCCCGCCAGGAGGCCAACCCGUCACCCAGUAUGGGGAAGCAGAAGCACAGCAAAGCCAACAGCCGGAAAACCAAGUCCCCUAACCUUGGUCAGGCCUACGCUGGAGGGGAGCGUCCGUCUUCUGUGUCCUCCGUCCACUCGGAGGGAGAUUAUCACAGACAAGCCCAAGCCCAAGCCCAAUGGGGCUGGGACGACCGACCUUCGUCCACAGGAUCCAUGCAGUUCCCUUACAACCCACUGACCAUGCGCAUACUGAGCAGCACGCCACCCACCUCCAUAGCUUCCCCCUCCAUACAGAGCCAGCAGCAGCAGCAGCAGCAACAACAACAACAACAACAACAACAACAACAACAACAACAACAGCAGCAGCAGCAGCAGCAGCCGCCUCCUGCUGGCGCCCCGGUGGCCCAGCAACGUGUGUGGCAGUCUCUGCUGUCAGAGCAAUACGAGACCCUGUCUGACAGCGACGACUGAGCCCGCCUCACUACAGCCCCAAAAACCAGAAGAGAGGCCUGCGCCAGGGCUAGCUUUUCACCCCACCCGCCACCUCUCCCAGAACUAUCCUCGCUCACUGGCGAGUGUGACAAGUAGAUGGGACGGUGUCCUUUUUAUUUUUGGUGCUAUGGCGCCCACUGGCUGUUAGCUGAGAGUACAAGCAACAGCCACUGACAGGCCGGGCUCUCCAGAGCAAGACUGGCUUUGGUCUGGAAGCACUCACCCAGCCUGUCGGUGAAAUAAACAAAACGCGACUGAGGGGAUGACGGGAGCUAUUGUAAAGAAGAAGAGCUUAAAAUGUAAAAAGAAACCGCAUAAGAGACUAUUUCUGAAAUUUUUGGAUUUCUGUAAAGAUAUACUUUGUCUUUUAAGAAAAUCAUUGUAUGUAAAUAGAGUAACCUUUUGCAGUGUUUUUCUUAACUUGAUUAUUUCUUAUUUUAAUGUCGCUUUUAAAUUGAUCCACUUUAAAUGGGAAGGUUAGGGGUGUAAUUUUUAGUUAUCACAGUUGGGCUGUCCCGGUCCACUCCCACGUGACUUGACACCCACUCUAAUAUUUCUACCAUAGCGACGCUGAGAGACUCGACGUCUGGUUUGUCCUUGACCACGAGUGGCGCACAGAGACCGUGCCGCCAAGCACCACCGAAGUCUGAACAUUGUGGACAUUUGAGGAUUAAAAACAAAACGCAGACGAACAGUUUACACGGCAAUUAUAUUUGAUGACCAUCCACACCACACAGUGGAGAUGAUGCGUGGAUUGUAACUAUCAGAUGGUAGCGGUAGCUUCUCACCUCGGUCUAGACGGAGACAUGUCUUCAAAAACAAGUUGAGAACACUGGUGUCACAGCAGAAAGGUGAAAUGUCUGAUAUAAGCUUAAUUUUGCCGGAAAAUAUAUCCUUAUGCCUACUCCUGGACCCCGUCUGAAUAAUGAAAGUGAGCCAAUGUUUGUUUUUUUCAUUGUUUUUUUUCAAUAGAGCUUUCCAUGGUGUGUCACAUGUAGCUGUCUCUUUCUGCAGUUUCCAACCUGUCCAGAAUGAUCUGCUCUGCAAUGUUGUCAUGGUUAAAAAAAAAAAAAAAUAGUACGUCAGGUUAUGCCAUGCCUUGUGACUUGAGAAAGAAGGCAGCUUUAACUAAUUUUCUCAGAGAUAUACAUUGGUGUUUGAUGUUUGUAUUUGUUUCUGUAGUCCCUCUUCUUUCUUUUUUUUCUUCUUUUUUUUUUGAUACUGUCCUGACAAAAAUCUGAACUCUGUAAAUUGUCUUUUCAUUACACAGAAAGACAAAACUAACCAAACAUAAAGAAUGGUCUGCACCAUUGUUGCACUUUUUUUGCUUUGUAGCUUGUGACAACAAAAAAAAGCAUACUACCUGCUGUGUAACUUAUUCAACCUCCAGCACAGGAGUAUACUAAGAUGUGCUUCAACAUUUCCCACCACUCACAGAAAUCUGACAUUUUGACUUCCUGUCUUCUCCUGUAGCUGGUACAUGAUUUUGUAGCGUUGACACUUGCAUCAUAGUUACACUUAAGUGUAUGGUACCGGUAAACGUUUAAGAGUUGGCUGUCAUGGUGAUUCUUAACCGUGACCACUUGAUCUCUGCUUUCAUUGUGUCAAUUAAAAGGCAUACAGCUUUGAAUAUUAAUUAUUAUAGGUCAACUUCAUAAAUGGCAGUAAUGUUCCUUUUGCAAGUAUGUGAAAAAAAUACCACACUUUGGCUUUCAGCUUUCACUUUUCUCAUUUAACAAACCCAUUCUGCUUUAUACUUGAUAUUUUUUUCUUCCUUUUCAUUUUGAUUUUGAAUCAUUGUUAGAGCACAUGUUCAGAUUUUUAUUUUCUGUCAUUUUCAACAUCUUUCUUAUUCAUUCUGUCUUCACAGGAUGCUCUGUGUUUACAAAGGCAAUGACAAAAAAGUUUACAGACUUGAAUCUUAAAGAAAUCCGACAUGAAGCCGAAAAAGAAUUGGAGCAUCUUUUCAGCUCUCUAUCAAACACGCAGUGGUGACUUUUUCUUUUGUUGUCUUUUUGAAAUUGAGACUUGAAAACCCGUGUAUCCUAUAAUGUUGAAAUGCAAUGUUUGUAUCGCACAAUGUCUCUUAGUAGGCUAUUACAAGAGUUCAGACCAAUCAAAUAAAGUGGAUCAGUUCUCCACCACUGAAAA